UAAAAAAAUAUAUAUAUAGAUUCUAAAAGGAAAAAAUAAAAUCGUUAUGACGUCACAUGACUUAUAAAUUCAACAUGGCUACCAGUGAUGCCGAUGACUCUCUCUACCCUAUUGCCGUUUUAAUUGAUGAAUUAAGAAAUGAAGAUGUACAGUUACGACUAAACAGCAUCAAAAAGCUUGGAACUAUCGCUUUGGCUCUAGGAGUUGAGAGAACACGCACAGAACUAAUACCUUUUCUAACAGAUACUAUUUAUGAUGAAGACGAGGUGUUGUUGGCCCUUGCUGAACAGCUUGGGAGCUUUACACCUCUUGUAGGUGGUCCAGAGCAUGUUCAUUGUUUACUGCCCCCUCUAGAAAGUCUUGCAACAGUUGAAGAAACUGUGGUGAGAGAUAAGGCUGUUGAUUCUUUGAGAAUUAUUGCUGAUCAGCACAGUCAGAGUGAUCUUGAGAACUACUUUGUACCCUUGGUCAAACGGCUUGCUGGUGGUGAUUGGUUUACAUCUCGAACUUCAGCAUGUGGAUUGUUUUCUGUUUGUUACAAGCGAGUUUCUACCAAUGUGAAAGCAGAGUUGCGACAGAAUUUCCGCAGCUUGUGUGCUGAUGAUACCCCAAUGGUUCGCCGCGCAGCAGCAGGAAAACUUGGGGAGUUUGCUAAAGUAGUUGAAUCUGAUUACCUUAAGUCUGACCUCAUUCAGCUUUUCAAUAUGCUCGCUCAAGAUGAACAAGACUCUGUCAGACUGUUAGCUGUUGAGGCAAGUGUGAGCAUAGCAUCAUUGCUCCCAUCAGAAGAUACGGAGCAGUUGGUCAUGCCUACACUACGCCAGGCAGCAGAAGACAAGUCAUGGAGAGUUAGGUACAUGGUAGCUGAUAAGUUCACAGAGCUUCAGUCAGCUGUGGGUCCAGAAAUCACUAAAAAUGACCUUGUACCUGCUUUCCAAAGUUUGUUGAAGGAUUGUGAGGCAGAAGUCAGAGCUGCAUCAGCACACAAAGUGAAAGAUUUUUGUCAGGCUCUGUCCCCUGAUGUACGUGAACAGAUUAUCAUGAACAACAUGCUACCCUGUGUGAAAGACCUUGUUGCAGAUGCCAAUCAGCAUGUCAAGUCUGCCUUGGCCUCAGUCAUCAUGGGUCUGUCUCCAAUACUAGGCAAAGAAAAUACAAUAGAACAUCUUUUACCACUAUUUCUGACACAGUUAAAAGAUGAAUGCCCCGAGGUUAGGUUGAAUAUCAUCUCCAAUCUAGAUUGUGUGAAUGAAGUGAUUGGCAUUAAACAAUUAUCUCAGUCCCUGCUACCUGCUAUUGUUGAGUUGGCUGAAGACACAAAAUGGAGAGUUCGUCUUGCCAUCAUAGAAUACAUGCCUCUUCUGGCUGGCCAGUUAGGAGUAGAGUUCUUUGAUGAGAAGUUGAACUCCUUGUGUAUGACAUGGCUUGUGGAUCACGUUUAUGCUAUUCGCGAGGCAGCCACUCUAAACUUGAAAAAACUAGUGGAAAAGUUUGGUAAAGAUUGGGCUCAGCAGACAGUCAUACCAAAGGUGUUACAGAUGUCAAGGGAUCAGAAUUAUCUGCAUCGAAUGACAUGUCUCUUUUGUAUAAAUUUGCUUGCUGAGCCUUUAGGACAGGAUCUGACCACCAGGUUGAUGUUGCCCACAAUCAUCACCAUGGGAUCAGACCCCGUCGCCAACGUCCGAUUUAAUGUAGCUAAGACAUUACAGAAAUUAGCUCCUCAUUUAGAUCAGAGCUCCAUCCAGACUCAAGUCAAACCUUUGUUAGAGAAAUUAAAGGCAGACGGUGACAUGGAUGUCCAGUACUAUGCCUUGGAGGCAUUGGAGGGGCUCAAGUAACCAGGCUUUGACAUUGUUAUAUAGAGUAAAUAGGUUAACAUCAUUACUGAAGUCAUGGAGAAAAUAUUUUAUUCCUGAGUACCUAUUCGACUAUCAACUAAAUUAAAAAAUAAAUUAAUUCACUUCCAAAUAAAAAAAACAAACUGGAGUUGUUGACAAUUAUAAUUAUGACAUUCAAAAAGUUUUUUUUUAUUAAAGUAUAUUCCAUCAUAUUCAAAGAAUGCUAGAGGUUUUCUUUUGUUGUCAUUAAUUCUAGAGUAAAAUUAUUGUCUAGACUAUUCUAACUCCAGUCACAUCAGUUGUAAAAAUAAACCUUCUAUAAAACUAAUUAAUGUCAUUAAUUUCUAUGUAUUCAAAAAGUCAAGUCCUGAUCUGCCCAACCCUUCCUAUUGUAUUAAUAUCAUAGGCAUAGCCCUUACAUUUUUUGUAUGGUAUAGUCUCUCUUUAUUCUGUGUACAGUUUGUUUGUGUACAAUUUACUUGUGUAGUUUGCUCUUAUUGAGUGUUUUAGUUUGAUAUUCUGGUUUCAACACCCAAGAAGUGCAAACAAGAUGUUUGUCAGAUCUGCUCUGUACUAGGUACACUAUGAUAAGACUUAGAUAUUUUUUUUACCUUUCUUACAUUAUCCUAGGAUAUUUCAAUUUAAAGUACUUCUUUCUUUUUUUUAAUUUUGCUUUAAAAUCAAUUCAGAUUUUAAAAAAAUAAUCAGUUUUGACAUUAUAUUUGUUUCUCAUUGGAUUGAUAAUUUAUUUAGACUGUUUAUACAUUUUAUGUUGCUUUCAAUGCGAACAAUUUUGUCAGUUUGUAAAAUAAAAGUUUCAUACCAAUGAAGGGGUAGUGUUGGAUCAUUUUGUAUUUAUAAUUUACACAUUAUAGCCAGACAUAUCUCUUCUAAGAAGACACCUUCUAAUACAAGUACUUUGUAUAUUAUGAGCUGGCAGUGGGGCCAUUAGCAAGUUAUCAUACAUGAACUAGGAAUCUUUUUGGAUUGUAUUAUUGAGUGAUAGCUAAACUACUUUGUCUACUUGUACCUAAAGGUUAAUACAAUCUGUGUACUGGUAGUGCAGUGUUACUGCUUCUCUUUAUGAUGUGGUAGCCAUUGGAUAAAAUCCAUCCUCUCACUUGUAAUUGACUGGAGAUAACUUUUUUCUCUUUUGUUAUACAUGUUUUAAAAAAAUCACUGAAUUGUUUUGAAAGCACUUGCUAUCAAGCCCAUUGUGAGGAACAUCACAUUAGAACUACUCAUCCUUGUAUUUCUGUAAUACAUCUAAAUGUAUUUUUCAAAUCCUGACUUGUAACAAUACAUGUAUAAUAAACAUGAUAUCAAAGUCCUACAUCCAGCAUUGUCAGAAGUGUUUGAUCAUGUCACUCUUCAGAUCAUGUAACUGUACAUCUAGAUAUUUGGAAUAAAAUUAUGGCUGUUUC